CAUUGUGAACUUGUCAUCUGAAACUACUCACAUUAACUAUAUGGCUUGCAACAAAGAAUUCUGUAAAGAUUAUUUAGAGUUGAAGCCAGAAGAAGCUAGUUGUUGUGACUUAUUUCGGAUACUUUAUUCAUGUGAAUUAGAGAAAAAAAACUUUUGUGAUGCUCCUGAAGGAACAGAAAGCACACGAGGUUUUCGUCGAAGAUGGAUCAUUUUUGCCUCUGUAGCUAUGCAGAGAUUUUUAAUUAAGUCCAGAAAACCCAUGAACAGUGUAGGUACUAAAAUUGAGCUGUGGUUGAAUUAUCCUUCAUGUAAUGGUGGUCUUCUCCAGCUUUUCUUGAAUUUAAUUCAAGGAAAAGAGGUAAUAAGACCAGACAUGAAAUCGGAGGAGUACACGUCGAUGGUCGGAAAACUUGAUUGGAGGGUUGACUUAGACAAGACCAUAAAUAUGGGGGCCAGCCACUAUGGCCCUUCACUAUCAAUUAUGGCUGCUAAAUUGUCCUAUGAAAAUGAAGCUUUCACUAAGAAAGUUAUCACAGAAAAUUGGCAGAUGGACUUCAUAAAGUUUUACAACUUUUGGAAUGCUUACCAGGAAGUAUACACCACACAAGCCAUUAUGUUCCAUGACAAAGUUGAAGAUUCAAACCUAGUUGUGGUUGCAUUUAGAGGGACCAUCCCAUAUCAUGCAGAUGACUGGAUCACAGAUGUGGACCUUUCAUGGUACGAGCUUGAAGGCGUAGGUAAGCUACAUGCUGGGUUCAUGAAAGCAUUGGGCUUGCAAAAGAACAAAGGCUGGCCCAAGGAACUAGAUGAAAGCCCAGACCAAAAACUAUUUGCAUAUUACGAAAUCAGAAAAGAACUGAAAAGGAUAUUGACCCAAAAUGAGAAUGCAAAGUUUAUAUUGACAGGACAUAGUUUAGGAGGGGCAUUGGCAAUUUUAUUUGCAGCCAUAUUGACUUUGCAUGAAGAGGAAUGGCUAUUGGAUAAAUUGGAAGGAGUUUACACAUUUGGACAACCUAGGGUUGGGGAUCCACAAUUUGGGAACUUCAUGAAGGACAAGUUCAAUAAGUACGAUGUCAAGUAUUAUAGGCAUGUUUAUUCCAAUGACAUGGUUCCUAGGUUACCAUAUGAUGACUCAACCUUCUUCAAGCAUUUUGGAUCAUGUCUCUACUACAACAGCCUCUAUAAAGGAUGGGUGGUGGAAGAAGAACCAAACAAGAACUACUUCUCUGUGCUAUGGUUUUUCCCCAUGUUGCUAAUUGCAGUAUAUGAGUUUAUUAGGGGGUUCAUCCUCCCUUGGACAAAGGGCAGUCAUUACAGAGAGGAAUGGUUCUCAAAAAUGUUUAGGAUGGUAGGGUUGGUGAUUCCAGGGUUAUCAGCUCAUUGUACUAUCGAUUAUGUUAACCUAACCCGAUUGGGUUCAGUUCUUCAUCUUCCAAAAUCAGCUCAUGAAGACAGUGUUAAACGCGAUUGAUUUCCAAGAUUCAGAGACAUUUUACACCUUGUUUGGAUGGUUGUAAUAUAUCAUUUGAUAAUGUAUCGUAUUAUAUUGUA